GUCGUUGAUCGACUCGACUUGCGUGGCUGGAGCACAUUUGCUAACUUUGCUCAUGCUCCUACUGCCACCCCGGGAACUGCAGGAGCGGAAGCCGCCGUCAAGAUUGUCCUUGAUGCCAUCCUAGGCGAUUCCUUUGCUGCUCAUGAGGCAGCACUUCGCCGAUUGCACUGGGAAGCCUGGACACUUACCGCUGCAGACCUUAAGCGGAAAGUGGACGGGACUGACGAAGCGGGGCCGAGGAAACUUCCUGUCGCCGAGAUUGGUGCACGCCUGCAAGUCCUUGCUCCGAAAAUUUCUCCCCUCAAGCUUCAGGGAAUCUUGGAGCCCAGUCAUGCCAGCAUUAACUUGUUUGCAGCCAUGCUUGAUGAGGGACGUCUUCGCUACGUGGAGUGGGCCAGGCUCACCACCAGAGACCAAGAGGUGCUGGGUGCCACUGAAGAUCAGCUUCUAAAAGCUUGGAGACCGGACAAGGCAGGCAUUGUCCGAGAGCACAAGGAUACACCACGUCUUGAGGCGAAUGUUGCUACGGACCUGUUGGUGCAUCAUGCUUUGCGGCGGAGGGGCUUGUGCUUCUCUGUGGCCGAACUGAUGAGCUUCGAGGUACAUGAGUCUCUCAUUCAGUUCUUGUUCGAUGCAUAUUACAAGGAGCCCACCGAAGGCUAUCAAAGGGUCACUCUCGCGCAGCUUGCGCUCUGUGACCGGGAGGCGCUGCCAGCACUACUUCCCGGGACGACCGAUGUGCGGCCGAAAAAGCGAACACCUUACAUGCCUGCCGCAUUGAAGGGUGGGGUUCCGGUCGAUGCCGAAGGGGCCGCAUUGUGCUGGAACUACAAUCUUGGCAAGUGUCCCGUAGGUGAGGCUCCGAGUGUGGCCGGCUUUGGUGUCGAUGCUGCCUUCGAGGCCUCUGGGCGAGCCGUCUGUGUGACUUCGACAGGUGGCAAUAUCUUCGUCGUCCAGCCUGAAGGCCCCGAGGUGGCUUUCGAUGCAGGUCGGCGGGUCGUGUUGGUGGCCUUCUGCAUAGACCCUGUGCAGCAGCUGAAAGAUGACCAACGUCAUGAGCUCUGCUUGCUAGGUUUUAGGACCUUAACUCUACAUCAUGCCCCUGUGAAGGCUUGGAAGGUGCCCUGCUUGAAGUGGGACGUGCAACAGUUCCCUGACGUCGAGUUUUGUUUGCAACGACUCCGGGAGGGUGCCGUGUCCUUCCUCUUCGUGGUACCUCCUGGUGGCUCGCAGUCCCCCUCCGCCCCCUUGAAUCAAGCGGUCUUGAAUUUUCUGGUGCUUUUACUCGCCACUCUUGCCGAAACGUGCACUCCUUUCUGCUUGUGCCUACCUCGUGCCUCGGUCUUCUGGAAACCUGUGUUUGCUCAGACUGUCGGCUUGAAGCAUUUCUUGACUGACGUCGACUUGUGUCAAUACGGGUGUGACCGUAGGCGCGCUACGCGCCUCUUACACAAUGUGCCUGCUCUUUGCGAUUUGGCCAGGCGCUGCGAUGGGUCUCAUGUGCAUGCUCCUUGGUCUGCCAAGGCUCCUGACUCUCAUCAGCAGCGUCACCUGCCGGCUACCUUCUGCGACCAUGUCGUACAAGCGUGUUUGCCGCUUUUGUCUUCGUCCAUGCUGCCCUCGCCACUCCGACCUGCCUCUGCGGCGUUGCAAGGGUCCACCAAGCUUCAUGCUGUGCCUGCUGUUGUGCCCGAGUACAAGCAGGUCGUGAGACUGCGAGUUUCUCCCGAUGUUCCCCUCCCCGAUGAAGUGCCUGCGGGCGGCUGCCCGUCCCUUCCUGGGGUGCCUGCUGGAGCUGUGCGGUUGACUGGUGGUCGCUUGAACCAGGACCUACUGAAUACAAGUGAUUUGCAGCAGAAUCCACAUGUGCAUGUUGCUUAUGCU